GCCAGUGUCGUACCAAGUUGUCAGUCAUUCCUGCGGUGAAGUCUGAGAGCUGUGUAGUACUGUUACUCUGUCUCACAUAUCUCACCGGACAACAUGAUGAUGAUGCACCCCCCAGAGAUGCUGCCCGCCCCCGGGCACGAAGACGCUCCCCUCCCCAAGAAGGCUGACCGAGUCAAGCGGCCCAUGAACGCCUUCAUGGUGUGGUCCCGCGGACAGCGGCGGAAGAUCGCCGAGGACAACCCGAAGAUGCACAACUCGGAGAUCAGCAGGCGGCUGGGAGAGAUGUGGAAAGAACUGUCGGUGGAAGAGAAGAAGCCGUUCGUCGAUGAGUCGAAGCGGCUACGAGCGAAGCACAUGGAAGAGCACCCCGACUACAAGUACCGCCCGCGCCGGAAGAUGAAGAACACCAUGAAGGGUGCCAAGUUCAGCCUACCUCCCCUGCCGGGCAUGCCCAUGCAGGACUACCUGUCUCCCGGCGGGACCACCGGCAUGCCACCCCCGCCACCCUACCCGCCUCAUAGCUACAUGAACGGGUACAGCAUGAACGGCUACUACUCCUCCAUGAUGCACGACCAGUUCUCCCACCCGUACCAGCGCUACCCUCUCAUCCCACCGGCUCCACCGGCACCCGAGUCCGGCUCACCUGACCACGACGGCCCGGUCGACUACUCCCGGGCGGCCUACCCGUACGUUACCCAGUCCAGCUCGCCGUACCCCGUCACCUGCGUCACGACGACAUCGGCACCAGAAGGCACCGGCAGCGAAUCGCCGAACUCCAGCCCCCCGAGCCCGAGAGACACUUCGUCCCCAGUCUACACCACAGCCUACACUGCGCCGACAUCAUCGUACGUGGCGUCCGCGACCGCAGCGAGCUACGGAGGCGGUCCGUACGCCGGCCCGUACGCCGGCCUGCCCGGUCUACCUUCCCGGUCAGUAGUACCAGACAUCCCGCAUCACCGUGCGCCAUACCCCGGGGACUUGCAGGAGAUGAUCCGUAUGUACUUGCCGGCGGGGUCGGCAAGCUAGAACAGUCAUUACUUGUGUCAUAACUUGUACUGUAAAUUUCAAAUGUUAGUUACAGUAAGUUAGAAAGCAAUGUUCGUCUUAUUAUCUUUAUUGACGAUGUUGUGAAGUCUGGAUAAGAAUGUUAUGAGUGCUUUAUAUGAUUAUCUAUGACUAGCCAAGUCUGCUGCAAAUGUUUUAGACUUGCACUUGAAUUUUCCUUGCGAGAUGGUUUGAUCUUCAGCAUUGUUACGCCGUACCAAAUUGUCUGACAGCAAAUGAACUUGUUGCAAUUCAUUAAUGCGCAUUUGUACUUCACUACUUGAGUGAUACAUUGACAAAUUGUCUCUUUUAAUGUCACCUCUUGUAAAUAUUUGUGAAAACUGAGUUUUCGUGAUGCCCAUGUGUAUAUUGCUUCACUAAGUGACGGAAUCUUGUGGGCAAACUGUAUAUUUUGCAGUCGAAUGAUUAAGUUAACAAUUUUACAAUUUGUAAAUACUUUCCUGACCAGGACAUAGUCUUUGUCUCUAAAUGAGAAACCAUAGGAGAAUCAGAGGUUCUCUUUUGAAAAUAAAUGUCCGUUUGUCCUUUUCAA